GCGACUUAACAACAAUGACCUCUCCAUGCUGGAGGCCACCGGGGCCUUCAAGGGUCUAUCACAGCUCAAGAAAAUUAACUUGAGCAACAAUAAGAUUUCAGAGAUUGAGGAUGGUGCGUUUGAAGGUGCCUCUUCUGUGGUGGAGCUUCACCUCACAGCCAACCACCUGGAGUCCGUGCGAGGGAGCAUGUUUAAAGGCAUGGAGGGCCUGCGCAUGCUGAUGCUGAGGAACAACAGGAUUAGCUGCAUCCAUAACAGCAGCUUCACAGGGCUGUCCAACGUCCGGCUGCUCUCCCUCUACGACAACCAGCUCACUACCAUCCUGCCUGGGGCCUUUGACACGCUGCCCAACCUGUCCACUCUAAACCUCCUGGCCAAUCCUUUCAACUGUGAUUGCCACCUGUCCUGGUUCGGGGCGUGGCUCAGAAGUCGUCGGAUCGUUACGGGGAAUCCUCGGUGUCAGAGCCCCUCUUUUCUUCGAGGGAUUCCUCUGCAGGAUGUCGCUGUGCCUGAUUUCCGCUGCGAGGAUGGUUCAGGGCUGGAUGACCGGCGCUGCGUUGCAGGGCCGCAGUGUCCCAGUCAGUGCUCCUGCAUGGACACGGUCGUUCGCUGCAGCAACAAACACCUGCAGGCUCUGCCCAGAGGACUUCCUCGCAACAUCACAGAGCUAUACCUGGAUGGAAACCAGUUCACCAGUGUUCCUAAGGAGUUAGCCACCUUCAAGUACCUGCAGCUUGUAGACCUGAGCAACAAUAAAAUUAGCUCCCUGUCCAAUGACUCCUUCGCCAAUAUGAGCCAACUCACCACCCUGAUCCUCAGUUACAACUCAUUACAGUGUAUCCCUCCUCUGGCGCUGGCCGGCUUGCGCUCCCUGAGACUGCUUUCUCUCCAUGGCAACGACAUCUCUGAGCUGCAGGAGGGAAUCUUCGGUGACCUGGCCUCUCUGUCUCACCUAGCCAUCGGAGCCAACCCUCUGUACUGCGACUGCCGGCUGCUCUGGCUGUCAGACUGGGUGAAGAGCGGCUAUAAGGAGCCCGGCAUCGCCCGCUGCGCCGGCCCCCGGGGCAUGGAGGGCAAGCUGCUGCUCACCACACCAGCUGACAAGUUUCAGUGUCUGGGUCCAGUGGACGUGUCUGUUCAGGCCAAAUGCAGCCCAUGCGUGUCCUCGCCUUGCCAGAACCAGGGAACCUGCCACAUCCACCAAACCCAACAGUACACCUGCAGCUGCAGGUCGGGCUUCACGGGUAAACAUUGUGAGACCCCGGUCGAUGCUUGUGUCAGCAACCCCUGCACCAAUGGAGGAACCUGCCUAAGAGACGAGCAGACAGGAGGCUUCAGCUGCGCAUGCCCGUUCGGCUUCCAUGGCACAUUUUGCGAGGUCAACGUGGACGACUGCGAGGAUCACGGAUGUGACAACGGGGCCACAUGUGUUGAUGGAGUCGGCAACUAUACGUGCCUGUGUCCUCCCAACUUCAGAGGUCUGUUCUGCGAGGAGGAGGAUGAUGUUUGUUCUCCAGGUAGAAAUCCUUGUCAGCAUCAGUCCACCUGCGUUAGCAGCCCUUCAGGCCCCAGGUGUGUUUGCAUCCCUGGGUGGGUGGGACCGGACUGCAGUAUAGACUACAAUGAGUGCGUGGAUCACCGCUGUCAGAACGCGGCUCAGUGUGUUGACCAUCUGGACGGCUAUAGCUGUGUCUGCCCACUGGGAUUCAGUGGUGAGUUUUGUGAGAAGAGAGAUGUUCAGCAGACGCCCUGCCAGCUGGCCAAGUGUCAGAACGGCGCCUCCUGUGACGAAAAACUUGGAACUGCGGUCUGUCAGUGUCUGCCCGGCUUUGAGGGCCAAAGUUGCGAGAAAUUGGUUAGCGUCAACUUCGUCGACAGAGAUUCUUAUGUCCAGCUUCAAGAUGUGAAAAACUGGCCUCAGUCUAACAUCACAUUGCAGGUUUCGACUGCAGAAGAUAACGGCAUCUUGCUCUAUAAUGGGGACCGUGAGCCAAUCGCUGUGGAGCUCCAUCAGGGUCACGUUAGGGUCACCUAUGACCCCGGGAACAAGCCUGCCACAGUCAUCUAUAGUGCUGAGACGGUGAACGAUGGGCUUUUCCACACGGUUGAGCUGGUGACCUUUAAUCAGAUGGUGAACUUAUCUGUGGAUGGAGGAGAGCCAACGACUCUGGACAGCCAUGGCCGCGGCCUGCCAGUGACAGGAGAGACCCCUCUGUAUGUGGGAGGUAUGCCUAUGGAGGUUAUUCCGACUUCACGAGGACUCUCCUAUCAGACCCUCAACACGUCCAGCUUCCAGGGCUGCAUCAGGAACCUCUACAUAAACCACGAGCUGCAGGAUUUCACCCGCAGCCAAAUGAAGCCAGGCGUGGUACCAGGCUGCCAACCCUGCCGAGAACUUUACUGCCUGCAUGGCAUAUGCCAACCCAACAGUGCUCAGGGCCCCCAGUGUCAGUGCCAGGCGGGGUGGACGGGACAGCACUGCGACCAGCCAAUCACUGUGGGCCUUAGCGGGGUGGAUGUCGUCACCAUGGCAAACGGCAUCAACCCAUGUGAGGGCAACAAGUGUGUGAAGGGUGAAUGCAUGGUGUUGGAUGCUCAAACCUAUCGCUGUGAAUGUGAGAAAGGAUACAGAGGAGCGCUGUGUAACCUCCAGGAGGAGCCAGCAGGUUCGUGUCAGAGGCUGCAGUGUCUACACGGUCAGUGUCAGAAGACAGGAGAUGAAGAGCGCUGCAUCUGCGAUCAGGGAUACUCUGGAGAAAGCUGCAAUACAAGUGACGAGACCCCAUGCAGAGGUGAGCCAGUCAGAGACUACCACCGGCUGCAGCGAGGCUCCGUUCUCUGCCAGACAUCAAAACCUUUCUCCUGGGUGGAGUGUCAGGGUCACUGCCGAGCCGAGACCGCCGCCUCCUGCUGCGCCCCUCUGAGGGUCCGGCGGCGGCGUCUUACCUUCGAAUGUGACGACGGAACCUCAGUUACGCAGGAUGUAGAAAAGCCUGUGGAAUGUGGCUGCAAGGAGUGUGUGUAGCUCUGUGGGAGGGAGGUGCACACAUUUAGAUGCACACCGUGUGAAGUCCAGCCCCCAAACCCAGCUCCAGACGUACACUCGCUGUAGGAUUCUACCAUGCAUUUUGGGUGUUUGUUUUUUUUUUUCGUGUAUUUGCACACAUUUUUGUAACAUAAGACAUUUUCUCAUCAACCGGUCGACCUCAUCCUCAUGCUCCUCUUCCUCACCUGCUGUAUCAGAACCCGUGUUCUGACUCCCCAACCGUCACACAUUAUUAAUUUACGUGAGUGAGCCCAAGUCCUGCUCCCCAUCCAGGAAACCCAAACCUGAUUAGACUGGUUUUUACCGCUGCUGUCCAGGAUCUGUAAUCUGUCAUCGUUUAUUGCUGUCUCCUGCAUUCUCUCCAUAUUUUCUCUGCAGCAUGGAAGUAAGCAUCAAGUGUCCAGCUCAUUAUCCUUCAAGAUGCGAGUGAAUAUGCUAACCAGCGCCAGGUUUCCUGUGGUGUCACACAUCUUCUAAAAAAUGGUGCACCUCAUGUUAGACUGUGACUGAAUUCCUGGCGUAUGUCCGGCGUUAUAUGGUGAUAUUAGCAAAAAGUCAGGCGGACAGAAUGCUAUGUGGGCGAAAUCAGACGUGUUACCCAGAGACGUUUUCCAACAUCUGUCUUCUGAUGUUCUUUCUUGUGAAGCUGCAGACGAUGAUGUGAAGACAUAGUGGCGUUAAAACUCUCCUCCUGUAAGUCUAGAGCUUGUCUUCCAAAGCGACGUCUUCUGCUCCUGUCUCGCUGAAUCAGAAACAAACGGAAUCGAAGUAAAAUAUCCUCACAGUAGUGAGGAGAGAUAAUCUCCCAGGGGAGAAACAUCACACUAAGCUGAACUAAUUACACGAUUUUUUCUUUCUUUAAUGGCCUACCUUACAGUAAAAAUAAACAUGUUUACAGCCGGGUAAAAAAAAAGAUAAUUAUUUUGUCCUUGUAAAGCAGCAAAAAAAGGAGCUAGAUUCUUAAUUGACUUACCUUAAUGAGCUAUAAUGCAUUCAAAAUUCACCUAAGAUGAUAUUGGCCACAUGCUGACCUUGAAGACGGUGACUUCGUCCAUCUUAAUUAUACAUUUACUCUUUUAGGAUAGAGCUUCUGCUGCUUGAGUGCACCCUACAGUGAUUUGCAAGGUCAUACGUUGGACCUUUUACAAGGAGAAUGGUUAGACAGAUACACUUUUCCUCCCAAAAGCUACGUAACAUUUUGCCAUCAUGUAUAUUACUUGUUUGUUUGUGUAAUAGAUUAAGUGAGUGCUCACUCAAUACAUCAUGACGUUAACUGUUCUUCAUCAGGGCCCAUUAAAAGGUUUGGCUUCUAAAAGUCGUGCUGUAUGACGCCAAUUUCUCUUUAAGAGUUAUAUUUAAAGAGAGCAUUCCAAGGAGUUUUCAUACUGCUGUGAACCUUGAUUAUUUACAUUAGGAGCAGAGGUAUAGGCAGGCCUAUUAUAUCAGUGAGAGCUUUAGCUAUGAAACAGGAUUUAAAUUGAAUAACUUUUAAGAAAGACAAGAUAACUAGGUUGACAUUUUUAGUAGGUUUAUUGUGGGGUCUCAGAUCUUAGGAAUAAACUUAUCAGGCUUUAGGUCUCAGUAAAACAAAUAAGUUUAUUGUUAAAGUAUGUGAUAAAUAAACCAAGCAGGUAUUUAAGUUAGCAAAGCUAAGUUUUUAUUUUGGUUUCAUAGAAAGAUUUCUUCAAAUGAUGGCAGACAAACGUUUCCCUCUUUUCCAGCGAAUCCUUUGUGGACAAAGCAAAUUUUUCAGGCCUGAACAGCAAAGGUGGACGGCAGUGGCAGAAAUUGGCAUUAAAAAUGUACAUGUUCUGUGAUUUAAAAUAAGGUUUGGGAUGUUUUGGGAAUUUAAAGUCGUAAGGAAAUCAUAUUUAAAUGUCAAAUCAUUCUGGUUUAAACAUGUAUAUAAAUGUGCUCUUUA